GAGGCUUCAGCUAAUAUGACAUAAUGGAUAUGUAAUAUGUUUACAGGUUUGUGUUGGCUGAUAUAACCAGCAUUCCUACCUACCUCGACUGAAGGAAUCCAGUGAAGUUCUAGUUUUUUUUGUUUGAUGUGCACUUCUGAUGCUGCAAGAUGAAGAAACUUAAUGAGACUUCUCUUCCCUGCAAGCUGAUGCACCGCCAGCUUUCAGGGAGCUUUCCUAAGAAAACAAAAGUUCCAGCUUCAUUGUUCAACAAGUUUCCUGGCAGACUUGCUUUCUGCUUAAAAGAUAUUGUUCCAUCACCAUCUGUUUUGAACAACCACAUAUUCCUAGGUUUCUCCAAAUGUGGCCAAUUCGUGAUCUCGUAUACGCAGAGCACGGAGUUCGACGAGACUUCAAGCAUAUAUAUGCAAUUUCGCUACCGGCUGCACUGGUGGGUGUUUGUGCCGCACCAGAAGCUGCGCAAGGCCGCCGAGGUGACGCUGUUUGGCGAGCAGACGGUGGAGAGCCGACUGUUCCUGGCCGUCUGCUACUGGCCGGAGGAGCACCACCGCGUCGUCGUCUACGGCUGCAGCAGUGAGCGGUGUGAGGACGGCGCUCAGGGCUCGCGCGGCUACCUGACCAUCACGGCGGUACCCUCUCUGGACCGCUGCCUCGACUGUGUCCGGGUGGCAGAGUCCUACGGCGAAGACGACCUGGCCGAGAGCUGGGACUCGUGUGUGCGAUUCAGCUGUUUGCGUCACGGGGCCACCGUGCACACCAGCUUCGAGCUGGUGCCGCCAUUCCCCGAGUUUGAGCCGCGGCUGUGUCUGCGCCGGCGCGGAGCCGUCGUCAUCAACACGGGCAGCUUCCUGCACGUGGUGACGGCCGGCCUGUCUGCGCCCGCCGCCGCCGAGUCGCCGCCGCCGCCGCCAGUGGCCGCCGAGCUGGCCGAUGACGCCAGCUGCGCCGGCAGCGACCAGCUCUCGCUGGCCAGUCUCGAGGUGGACGUCAGUGAAGAGCCGCUACCGACGGCGCCGCGCGGCGGCUUACCCUGGCGCUUCGACCCGCGCUCGCCGCGCGCCGACGAGCCGCGCCUGCGCUCGCCGCGCGCCGAGGAGCCGCGCCGACAGCUGGCCUGGCGGCUACCGGAGCCGGCCGAGCGCGCGGCCAGCCCGGCCGAGCGCCGCGGCCGGCCCUGGCCGCGCCGCCUGCCCGCCGCCCGACAGGCAAACAUGAGCGCCGACGAGUACGAGUUCUCAGAGGAGGGAUCCGACGCGCACAGGGAGAACUUCAGCCUGUUCAGGCGCAAACGACUGGCGGACAAAAAGUACGAGUUCUCGGAUGAGAAUUCGGAGAACGUGCCGCGGUUUUUCGCCGCCGUUCGGCCGGCGGCCGGUUCGCCGGCGGGUCCGUGCCUGGUACCCGUCAGUGAGGCGCUGCUCAGCCCUGCUGGCGGGAUCAACUCCAAACGCCGGCUGCUGGAGGAGGAGGAGAAGCCUGCGGGUCGGCCGUCCUCGGACGGAGACGUACUGCGCGCCAUCAGCUGCAACACCGAGCCGGAGCUGUUCUUCACGGCCGAGAGCGACUGCGAGUCAGAGGCGUCCAUCCUGACGGCCAGUCCGCGGCCGCCGGACCGGGCCGCGCGGCCGCCCGUGGUGCCCGCGUCGCCGCCGUCGCCGGCCGCCUGCUGCGUCCACGUCAGUCGCCGGUUCGUCGAGGUGGACGACGAGCUGGUCUCGGUGGCCACCGAUAUUGAGGAGGACGACCUGAGCCACAGCACGGGCUACCACUAUGCGCUGCCGCUGGAGGUGCACGGCGCCGGCUACGCUCAGAUGCAGGCCGUGAGCGCGAGUCGCGCCGACAAACUGGCGCUGCCGAGCCUGCUCGUCAGCCAGCUGAGCCUGGACAUGGAGCAGCUGUGCCACAAGAUCUCGCAGACGCUGUGCGCCGAGGCCGGCAAGAAAUACUGGUUCUGUAACGACUACGACGUGGAGAUUGUGGAGGUCAGCCCGGACUCUGGCGAGGUGACUGUGGUGGCCGUGGUGCUCGUGCAGGCGGCCAUCAAGACGCGCGGCGCGUCCAAGGGCUCUCGGCGCGCGCUGGGCUCGGUCCACCGGCACCAGUACCGCGCCUCGUUCACGUUCUCGUGGAGCUGCGAGACGGGUCAGUGCCGACUGCUCACCUCCGAGCCGCUGACGGAGGUGACGGACCGGCGCGACCUGCAGCCGGCCGGCGGCGGGCCGCGCUGGCAGCCCGCGCGCCUGCUGGCCGCUGCGCUGCGCCAUCCGCGGCCGCUGCCCGAGGCGCCCUACUCGACGGUCAAAGUGCUCACCAACGAACCGGCACUCACAGGCACCUCCCUGACGACGAUUGUCGACCCGCUCAACAUGCUGGCGUUGCUGCUGACUCCGCAGCGGUCUUCCAGUGAGGAGCGGUGAGUCACCGUCUCGAAGCGGAGGGCUGGGCGACGGACUGUGGUUGUCUCCGCAGCCUACCGCUGUGUGGUGGCUGAUACAGUCAGUGUUGGACGAUGAUGAGUUUCAGGCUGUUCCCACCGGCCGCUUACCAUGUACCAAGGGCCUCUUGUGGGCCUGUAGUAUUUAACGACAUCGAGAUGCGCCGGCCUGCCAUGAGGGCCUGACCGCGGCGCUGGCUCGUGUUGUUCCUGACUGAACGGGCUGUGAUGAUUUCUGGGACCUGUGUGCCGACCAAUACUCGACUGGCGGCGUGUGGCGGUGUGGCCGGGACUGCCCGGUUCGCCCUCCGUCCGCCAGCUCCGCUCUCCGACCUGAGACUGUGUGCUGCCAGCGGCACUGAACCCACCUGGGAGAUAGGCAUCGAAACUCGACACCGUGCGAGGCACGGCCCGCCCCGAGCUGAGUGCCGUGCCGAGGCGUUCUCAGGCGUGCCGUGCCAAGGCGUUCUCACGCGUGCCGUGCCAAGGCGUUCUCGGACGUGCUGUGAACACCAGUGCCGCUCGUCGUCUGUCUGCCAGAGUCGCUCUCUGUUCCGGAAGGCGGUCAGCCGCGACUGGAUGCUGCAGCUGAUGUACCGACCGAUGCCCGCGCCGGCGACAGAUUCAAGUGCUGUGACCGCUGGGGAGGCUGCUGGCACCGGGACCUCAGCUAGUGACGGCUGUGCCCCGCUAGUUAGGGGCGGGAGGGUUUCUCUCUAGGUGAUAUCCCUUUUGCCGGCAAUGUUUUGACUCCUUCCAUUCAGCAGCCAGAGCGAGUUUUCCUAAGUGGGUUUCCAAUCGUAUGCGAAUGCGGGGCUGUGUGAGUAUCGACGAGCAUGCUGCGCAAAUUGGAGCUGACUCGGUCCAUCCACAUACGGUAGACGGUUAAGUUGUAUUCCUUCUGUGUUUGCAUCGUUGGUAGGUUAACGUGUGCAGAGUACUCGCAUCCAACUCGCAUCUCCGUGCCGAACAGGAUGCGAGGUGUUGACCUCUCUGUUGCGCUCUUAUGUGACAAAUCAGUUGUUCUUCUUUGCUGCCAAUUCUGUCAACUUGUUUCUUUCUUUGUGGUGUUACAUUAAGUUGUUGAUCGUGAGAUUUAUUUCAUACUAUGCCUUGGGUUUCUUGCCAAGUGAAUUGCGUGUCACCCUCGCGAACAAUGAGCAUUUAUAGAUGAGCAGCAGCUUACCUCAGACCAAAGGCAUUCAUUACUUCCGCGUUUGAAUGACGUGUACGUCUGUGAGACCAUCAUAACUAGUGGUUUGUUUUGAUUUUCAAUUCUUGGAAAUGCUCAAGUAUUUUGUAAAUGAAUUGGCAAGUCUCGACAUGUGUGAUGUGUAGCGCUCAAGCCUCAAACGUGUCUCGUGUUUAGUGUAUGAACGCUUAAAACAAGUGGGUGAAGAUGAAAUCGCGCAAUGUUGUUCGCACUUUAUCCUUUGUACUUUCAAUCGUCUUGGUCAGCCAAAUUGUUACUUUCCAGAUAGCUGGAAGCCUGGUGGGCGUGAUCAAUUUUCAUAUAAUGUCGAAACGAAUCGGCUGAAUUGUCCGACGGAUCCGGGCUGGGGCCACGGAAGAGGCUGUAAUACACAUCUCAUUUAUGA